AUGGUUUUCAUCAAGUACAUUCUGCCUGCUCUGGCUGCGUCCCAGCUUGCUUUCGCCAGCAGCGACUGCGGUGACACCACCAUCGAGACCCAGACGGAUGCCAGCGGCAUCUCCAGCUGCACCAGCAUUGACGGUGAUAUCACCAUCAAGGAGUCCUACUCCGGCAGCCUGGACCUCGGCAGCAUCGAGAAGAUUGACGGUACUCUGACCUGUGUCGGCGGUGCCAACGUCACUGGAAUCACUGCUGCUUCCCUGGAGACCAUCACUGGUAACUUCACCCUGAAGCGCCUGACUACCCUCACCACCCUCUCCUUCGCCAAGCUGAGCUCCGUUGGUGCCAUCGACUGGGAGGUUCUUCCCGGUGUUAACUCUCUGGAUUUCACUACCGGUAUCACCGAUGUCGGCGAUGUCAACAUCAUCGACACCCACCUGACCUCCCUGGACGGUAUCACCCUGAAGAAGGUCGGCCAGCUCGACAUCACCGAGAACUCUUACCUGAAGUCCUGCAACAUCAGCAACCUCGAGUAUGCCACCGGCCAGAUCAACUUCCAGGGUAACUACGACAGCCUUGAGAUUGACCUGCCCAACCUGACCAACGGUACCUCCAUGACCUUCCGCAACAUCAGCAGCAUCAACAUCCCCAAGCUCAAGACCCUCACUGGUCAGCUUGGUUUCUGGAACACCGACUUCGAUGUUCUGUACGCCCCUGACCUGACUGAGACUGGUGACGUUGUCUUCACUGGCAACACCAAGCUCACCAACGUCUCUCUGCCCGCUCUCAAGACCGUCGACGGUGGUAUCUCCAUCAGCCGCAACGACAAGCUGCAGGAGAUCGACUUGCCCAAGCUCUCCACUGUUUCCGGUGCCAUUGACCUCACUGGUAACUUCUACAUGCUCAAGUUCGGCUCCCUGACCCGUGUCGAUGGUGCUUUCAACGUCGAGUCCUCCAACGGUACCUUCUCUUGCAGCGACCUCAAGUCUGAGUACAAGAGCGAUGUCCGUGGAUCCUGGACUUGCAAGACCAACGACACCAACCCCACCACCUCCAACGGCAAGUCUGGCACUGAGAGCGGCUCCAGCAGCUCUGGCGGCAGCUCCGAUUCCACCAGCUCUUCCGCCGCUAUGGCCAACGGUCUUGCCGCCCCUGUCGCUGGUAUCGCCGCUGUCUUCUACGCUCUUGCUCAGCUCGUCUAA